AGUUGAUAUCUCCAUUCGUUCAUUGAAAAGUGGUAUAAGACGCUUGGCAUCGCCAUCGCGGUACGGCAAGAACCUCUGGAGGAACGGUGCCCGUUUUUUUCUGAAAAGUGAGACGAUUUGCAGCCCGGGGACUGUUGGGCGACGAGAGCUGCUAUGGUAUCGUACCUGCGCGGACAAGGCGAGUGGUUUUCGGCGCCGCCGGAUGGCGGCCGCUUCGUGGGACGAACGUACCGUCCUAGUCCUAAAAUAGUCAACGAUGCUGUGUUCCUGGAGGACCACGACGAGAUGGUCAUUGUGAAGGACAUUGAGAUGUUCUCCCUGUGCGAACACCACCUGGUGCCCAUCAUAGGCAAGGUCUCCAUUGGCUACCUCCCAAACAAGAAGGUGAUUGGCCUGAGCAAACUGGCCAGGAUUGUGGAAGUGUACAGCCGCCGUCUGCAAGUGCAGGAGAGGCUCACCAAGCAAAUAGCCAUGGCGGUCACGGAAGCCGUCGGGCCCACGGGAGUCGGAGUUGUCAUCCAAGCCUCCCACAUGUGCAUGGCCAUGCGCGGAGUUCAGAAGACCUCCAGCCAAACCAUCACCAGCACCAUGCUGGGUGUGUUCCGUGAAGACCCCAAGACGCGUGAGGAGUUCCUCAAGCUGGUCCUCGAGCACCACUGAAGGCGCUGAGAAGAGUGGGACAUGACGCUUCAAGUCGAUGUGUGGGGGGCCAGCGACUCUUUAUUAAUCAAGACACACAAAAAAAAAAAGGAAAAAAAAAAAUCGAGACGCCUGGCAAUAAAGCGCGGCCGGCCCGAGCGAGAUGCAAAGGCUGGGGCCGGCCGGAAUCGUCCAA